AUGGAUGAAUCCGAGGGAAACUAUGAAGCUUAUGACUUGAAGACAUGGUUAGACUUACCAGAGUCUAGCAAUUGGAUUGAAGUUUUGGAUCCCAAGGCCCACGUACUUGCCUAUUGGGAUCAAAGUGCACGGCCCGACGGUCGCAUGUUUUCCCAAGCCAGACCCACACAGACUGUUUCUUCCUUGUUGAAACAUUCCGCGGGGUCCGCCUUGGUCAAACAGGGUGAUACCAAAGUCUUGACGGCCAUUAGCAUUGAAAUUGGCCAACCGGCUCCAGAAUUUCCAGACCAUGGCGAUGUCAUGGUUAGCGUUUCUAGUACAACAACAUCCACAGCAUCCGCCUCCACACUUCAACCCCGGUUCUAUGAUCGACUCCAAGCUUGGUUGCAACGCAUGUUGGACGAUUUGUUGCCUCCCAAAUUGAAUUUACUAACGGGCAAGGCGUGCAUUCGAUUGGUUGUUUCCGUUAUGAUUUUGCAGGAUGCUGGAAAUCUCAUGGAUGCCUCCCUCUUAUCGUGCAUGGCGGCAUGGAAGAAUACAACACUACCAACGAUGGAUCACUUGAUGGAAUCGGAAGGGCGACUGUGGUGGAAGGAGAAUCUAAUGUCAUCGGUAUCCAACAGCGACACAACAACAACAACAACAACACAAUCUGCAAGCGAGCAAUCAAAGGAGUAUAGAAUAUCAUUGACCAUGGGGAUAGUACGGGAUGCCAAAUCAGAUUCAAUUAAAUUCUUGGUGGACCCGUCGUCGGAAGAAGAAAAGCAUACCGACGGAGAAUUGACGCUGGUGGUAGAAUUGCAAAGUCGAAAAAUUCAAGUGGAAUACACUGGGUCGAUGGGUUUGGAAGCGUCGGACUUUGCACUGGCGUCCAAAUUGGCCAAUGGUCGUGCAGACGAAUUGGUGUCCUUGCUAUAA